GCCGUACUUUAAUGAUUGGCUUUACAGUAACGCGGGUUGUUUUUGCUUCGCGGGAAUUAGGUUGCUUGUUUUUGACAGUCUUGUUUAUGUGUGAGAUUUCAGCAAUGAGUCUUUGGGUUGACAAGUACCGGCCAGUGUCGCUCAGCAAGCUUGAUUAUCAUAAGGAACAAGCUUCACAACUCCGGAACUUGGUGCAGUGUGGGGACUUCCCUCACUUGUUAGUUUAUGGACCUUCUGGUGCUGGAAAGAAGACCAGAAUAAUGUGCUUGCUUCGAGAGCUGUAUGGUCCUGGAGUAGAAAAACUAAGGAUUGAGCAUCAAACAGUUGUGGCACCAUCAAAGAAAAAAAUUGAAAUCAGUACGAUUGCAAGCAAUUACCACCUGGAAGUCAAUCCAAGCGAUGCUGGUAACAGUGACCGUGUUGUCAUUCAGGAACUCUUGAAAACCGUUGCACAGUCUCAGCAGUUGGAGACAAGUACUCAAAGGGACUUUAAAGUGGUAUUACUAACUGAAGUUGAUAAACUUACAAAAGAUGCCCAGCAUGCCUUGAGAAGAACCAUGGAAAAGUACAUGGCUACCUGCAGACUUAUUUUAUGCUGCAAUUCCACUUCCAAAGUCAUCCCACCCAUUCGAAGCAGAUGCCUAGCAGUGAGGGUACCAGCACCCAGCAUGGAAGAUAUUUGCCAUGUUCUGUCCAGUGUGUGCAAGAAAGAAAGCUUGUUGCUCCCUCAAGAGCUUGCUCGCAGGAUUGCAGAAAAAUCAGCCCGGAAUCUUCGAAAAGCAUUGCUCAUGUGUGAAGCCUGCAGAGUCCAACAGUAUCCAUUUGCAGCAGACCAAGAGAUUGCUGAAAUAGACUGGGAAGUGUACCUGAAAGAGACAGCUAAUGCAGUAGUCAGCCAACAGACACCUCAACGGUUAUUUGAAGUCCGUGGACGUCUCUAUGAACUAUUAACUCACUGCAUUCCACCUGAGAUUAUAAUGAAGGGCUUGCUUUCUGAACUGCUGAAUAAUUGCGAUGGACAGUUGAAAGGAGAGGUAGCACAGAUGGCAGCUUUUUAUGAACAUCGCCUGCAACUGGGUAGUAAAGCUAUAUAUCAUUUGGAAGCAUUUGUCGCCAAGUUUAUGUCCAUCUAUAAGAAAUUUAUGGAGGAUGGGCUUGAGGGCAUGAUGUUCUAGUCUAAGAUGUGUUGUUGACUGUCUCAGAUUAAUUAUUGUUUGUUUCUAUGGGCAGAAUUAUUUUCUAUUUUGUCUUAGAUAAAAAUAAAGACAUAUUUACAUACA